CUCCCACACCAACGGCGGCAGCGCCGCCACCACUCGUACUCUCCAUUUCCUCUACGCAAGUCAUCUCUAUUGUUGUUCGAUCAGCCGUGAUCCUCCAAACAAAUCCAUAAACUCCAUCCUUUAUUGGGUUGAUAGAAGACUCGCCGCAACCUUAAUCCAUAUCCUAGUCAUGUAGAACAGAUUCGUCAAAAUAGCCCAUUGAAAGAAAUCCAUAAGCUUCAUCCUCCCUAAGGAGCAUAGUCAAGAUGGAGGAUGCCCCUGCUACAAAGAAGAGAUUUCAAGGUCCACGUUGCAAAGAUUCUACUCCCAAAGAAGGAAAUGAAGACGGUGUUGACCAUAUAAGCAGACUCCCCAAUAAUAUCCUAGGUGAGAUUAUCUCCCUCCUUCCUACAAUGGAUUGUGCGCGUACAAAGUGUCUAUCCUCCAAGUGGAGCGACCUUUGGCUCUCUGGCCCACUUAAUUUUGACUAUUGUGAUCUCAAAGAUCCUCAUGAUGAUAAAGACCUUGUGAGCAUCAUUUCUAGCAUUUUUAAUGCUCACCCCGGACCUGCCCGACGAUUUUGCAUCCCUGCACACUAUCUCUGCACCAACAUUGACAAUGUUGUUACUUGGCUUGAGUCCCCCACCCUUAAUGGGCUACAAGAGCUUGAGUUCCACAUCACAGAAGUUGACUUUACAUUGUCACUAUAUCCCCCACCACCAGCAUCCAUCUUUCGUUUCUCGUCCACACUCCGUAUUGUCUCCUUUGGUGGAUGCCGCCUCCCAGAUAUCAUGGUCAAUCAGCUCCAGUUCCCCAACCUCCAGCAGCUUACACUAUUUGAUGCUAUUAUAUCUGAAGAGACCCUGCAUGCCAUGCUUGAGAGUUGCCCCAAACUUGAGAUCUUGCUGAUGAAACACAAUGAAGGUUUUCGCUAUGUUCGGAUCAAUUCCCGAUCCCUUAAGAGCAUAGGUGUUCAUACUGAUUCUUUUCGACAAGGUCCCACUAUAGAGGAGCUCAUUAUUGAGAAUGCGCCAAUACUUGAGAGGCUUAUCAGUUUUGAGCGAUAUAGUAGGUUGCACAUAUCAGUGAUCUCAGCACCAAAGCUGGAAACCCUGGGCUGUAUUUUUGAGAAUAAUGACAAGACAAUGCUCACUCUUGGAUCUACGACUUUUCUGGGAAUACGUUCGGUUGACAUGAGAGCAAUGGUGCCAAUGCAUACUGUCAAGGUCUUAUCUGUGUUCCCUUUGUCUCUCUGUCUGGAUGAUGUUCUCAAUUUCAUUAGAUGUUUUCCGUGCCUGGAGAAGCUGUACAUCCAGCUGUCUUGUGCACAAGGGCACACGAACCAGUGGCCCCGUAAACACAGGAAUCUUAUCAAAUCGCUUGACCUUUGCCUGAAAACAAUAGUGAUGAUAAAUUAUCGGGGCGCAGCAGAACAAUCAGAAUUUGUGACAUUCUUUGUGGAGAAUGCAAGAAUGCUUGAGUCUAUGAGGUUUGUGGUCCCAAGUUGUUUCUAUCAUGACAAGAACUGGAUAAGAAGCCAGAAUAGACAGCUCAAGCUGGACAAGAGCUCUUCCAGAUGUGUUUCAUUUACUUUCACUGAGAAUCAAUUCCACCACAAUAUGAUACAUGUUUUGCGGGCCAGUGAUCUGUCAGCAGCUGAUCCAUUUCACUGUAACUGCUGAAUCUGGCAUUCAUAUGAAAAUUGUCAUACACCUAAAAUAAUCUUGAUUGUUACUUUGCUUAAAACCGCAUUGUAUUCCUUUUAGAAAGACACCUUGUAAUCUCCUAUGCAAUUUGCAUAAAUGAUGCUUCAAACUUGUUGUGUUUUCAAUGUCAAUGCUGUAUCUGCAUUCAGUCAAUCUGAAAUUGGAAUUAAUUUUGUUAUGAAGAAAUAGUGUGCCUUGCAAUGGUAUGUGAUGAUCUUUGCUUGAGUUGCAUAUUGUCUCCUACUUUAUUUUUCUGUGAUGCAAAUGGCAUGGAGGUGGUACCAGCCUGACUACCAGGCUGGUAUCAAUAUAUAUCUUAGUUUGUUACUGGCCUUUGCAUGUCAAGUGG